GGGAAAACAAUUAAUAUGGGCAAAGCUCAAAGGCUAAUGAGCAUGAUGAAGGCUUCACUUUUAUUCUACCUUUUCUUCCUCUGCUCGUAUUUCUAUUUCAAUUCUUCCUCUUGUUAUCAAGAGAAUGAACAAAUCGUAGGAUACGGAUAUGAACUAGGAUCAGUCUACUCGGAUCCCUCUGGAAAAUUGCUGAAUGCAGAGCUCAAGCUGAUAAAAAAUUCAUCGGUCUACGGACCCGAUAUCCAAAAUCUCAAUCUCUUUGCAAGCUUUGAAACUGAGAAUCGACUGCGAAUAAAAAUAACAGACGCAAAUAAUCGAAGAUAUGAAAUCCCACAGGACAUAAUUCCCCGCCAAAAUCCUAGCAAACCCACCUGGUCUCCUCUACAGAAAAAUACCAUCGCUAACUCAAACUUCAUUCUCACACUUCACUCAAUCUACCGCUUUGGCUUCUCCAUUGCUCGGCGCUCCACCGGUGAACUUCUCUUCGACGCAAGCCCUAAAAAAUCCGAACCCGGCAUCGUAUUCAAAGACCAAUACUUAGAAAUCACAUCAAACUUACCAUCAACUUCAUUCCUUUAUGGCCUUGGAGAACAUACUAAGAAAAAUUUUCGAUUGGUACCCAACGACACAUUAACACUAUGGAAUGCGGAUAUCGGAGCUUCAACUAUCGAUCAGAACUUAUACGGGUCUCACCCGUUUUAUAUUGAUAUAAGGUCUAACGGAUCAACUCAUGGUGUUCUGUUGAUGAAUAGUAAUGGUAUGGAUGUUGUCUAUGGAGGGUCUUUUAUUAGUUACAAGAUUAUUGGAGGAGUUUUGGAUUUCUAUUUCUUCGCUGGACCGAGUCCAAAGGAUGUAAUCGAGCAAUAUACUGAGCUAAUUGGAAGGCCAGCUCCAAUGCCAUAUUGGUCAUUCGGGUAUCAUCAGUGUCGAUGGGGGUACAAGAAUGUUGAAGAUCUAGAAGGAGUUGUCGAAGGAUAUGCAAAAGCUGGAAUUCCUCUAGAAGUUAUGUGGACUGAUAUUGAUUACAUGGAUGCAUUCAAGGAUUUUACACUUGAUCCCAUCAAUUUCCCUGUUGACAAGAUGAAUGCCUUCGUUGAUCGACUCCAUAAAAAUGGGCAGAAAUAUGUCGUUAUAAUAGACCCAGGUAUCAAUGUUAACAAAAGCUAUGCGACAUUCACAAGAGGAAUGAAAGCAGACAUCUUUCUAAAGAGAAACAGCAGCAAUUACCUUGGAGAAGUUUGGCCAGGUCCAGUCUACUUCCCAGACUUCUUCAAUCCUGACGCUGUAAACUUCUGGGACCAAGAAAUCGAAAUCUUUCACAAAACUCUUCCCAUCGAUGGCCUUUGGAUCGACAUGAAUGAGAUCUCCAACUUCAUCACUCCCUCUCCUCUCAACUCCCUCGACGACCCUCCAUACAAAAUCAACAACGCUGGAGUUCAGCGGCCUAUUAACAAUCUUACAGUCCCUGCAUCGAGCAUUCACUAUGGGAACUUGACUGAGUACAAUGUACAUAACCUGCAUGGGCUUUUGGAAUCGAGAGCAACUCAUGAUGCUUUGAUUAAACUUAGGGGCAAGCGCCCGUUUGUGCUUACGAGGUCCACGUUUGUUGGUUCGGGGAAGUAUGCUGCACAUUGGACUGGUGAUAAUGCAGCAACAUGGGAUGAUUUGGGGUACUCGAUACCGACUAUUUUGAACUUUGGUCUGUUUGGGAUUCCUAUGGUUGGAGCUGAUAUAUGUGGGUUUUCAGGUAAUACUACUGAGGAGCUUUGCCGAAGGUGGAUUCAGCUUGGUGCGUUCUACCCUUUUGCUCGAAAUCACGCGACAAAAGGUUCGAUAAGACACGAGCUCUAUCUUUGGGAGUCGGUCGCUAGAUCAGCAAAGAAGGCGCUAGGAUUGCGUUAUCGCCUGCUCCCCUACUUCUACACGCUAAUGUACGAGGCGCGUACUAAGGGUACUCCAAUUGCCAGGCCGCUUUUCUUCUCAGACCCUGAGGACACGCAAACUUACGAUAUUAGCGCACAGUUUAUGAUCGGAGGUGCAGUAAUGGUAUCUCCAGUCCUAAGUCCAGGAGUAAAUUCAGUAACUGCUUAUUUCCCGAAAGGCAUUUGGUUCAAUCUCUUCAAUUACUCAAGUACAAUGAUUACUGAUUCUGGGGAAUAUUUUACGCUAGAAGCGCCUGAAAAUAGUGUAAAUGUUCAUGUACGAGGAGGUAAUAUAUUACCGAUGCAGGAGGAGGCGAUGACUACACAAUUAGCUAGAGAUAACGGGUUCGAGCUUCUGGUUGUGCUACAUGAAGGUAUGGCUGAAGGUGAGGUGUUUGUAGAUGAUGGAGAGGUUGUGGAGAUGGGAGGAAAGGAGAGUGAAUGGAGUACAAUUAAGUUUUCGGCGGAAGUUGAAGGCAAAGAUGUGAAGAUCAAGUCGGUGCUAGUUAAUGGUACAUACGCUUUGGAUCAUAAGUUGGUAGUGAAGAAGGUUCUGGUGCUUGGGCUUAGGUUUGAAGAAGGUAUAGAGAUGCAUAGCUUGUAUGUGAAUGGAGUUGAAUUGGGAGGGAAAGGGGUGGGUUUGAGUUAUGAGAAGCGAGGGAGUUUUGGCGUGGCAGAAAUUGACGGCUUGACCCAGCUUAUUGGAAAUGACUUUGAGUUGAGUUUGAAGUUCAGUGUAUACUAAGUUGUAGUAGGAUUAAUAAAGAAGAAAAAAUAAGCCGAGGAAAACAUGUUUCCUUUGGCUUCAGCUGAAGAGACCACUGGAGAUCAUAAAAGAUCCGCGUCUGAAUUUGUUUCCUUAGCUCAGUUUCUUCUUCUUGUUCUUUUUCAUUUUAAUUGUCAGGGUUAUUUUUCUGACCA